AUGCCAUGGACUUGGCAGUGGAAGCUUCCGUCCAACCCGCUGAGUCCUACCCUGCUGGCUGAAGGUCUGGGCACCUUCUGCCUGGUCCUGGUGGUGGGAUGCGCAGUGACAGGGCCUGCGCCGGCACCCUGGGCUCCCACGGCCAUUGCAGCGCUGUUGAUGGUGAUGGUCUAUGCCACAGGACCCAUCUCUGGAGGCAAUCUGAACCCCGCUGUCUCUUUGGGCUUGGCCAUUUCGGGCAAGAUGCCUUGGCUUCAGAUGUUGAAGUACUGGGCCGCGCAAUUGAUUGGUGCUUUCUCGGCUGCCUUGGCUUAUCGCUGCAUUUGUGCUCCCAACUAUGUGAUGGUGGCACCCAUCUUGCCAUUUGGCGCAGGGUCCUGCUUUGUGGCUGAAUUCUUCUACACCUUCGUCUUGGUCUUUGUGGUGCUAAACUGCGCUGCCUCGAAACGCACCAAUCCUGGCAGCGACCCCAACCAGUUCUAUGGCCUGGCCAUUGGCUUCGUCAUUGUGGCGGGUGGCCACGCUGUGGGCGCCGUGUCCGGUGCCGCACUGAACCCGGCACUGGCGUUGAGUCUGGGGAAUACCAGUGGCAAGGAGAUCCACUGGUGCUGGCUCUGGUGCGUCGCCGAGCUCCUGGGCGGCGCCUCGGCGGCCGGCGUCUUUCGGCUGCUGCGCCGCGAGGAGUUCGCGGAGGAUGCUACGGAUGAGACGUUGCAGGCCCACGAGCCAGGCCUCUUGGUGUCCUCUGCAGCAGAGUUCUUGGGCACUUUUGUGCUGGCCUUCACAGUUGGCAUGAACUUGGUUUCAAAGUCGCCAUCCACGGCUUUUUCAGCGGCAGCUGCGCUGAUGUGCAUGGUCUACUCGUUGGGCAACAUCUCCGGAGCUCAUCUGAACCCGGCCGUGACCCUGGCCGUGCUGCUGCGCGGUAAGUGUGGCCGAAGCAAGGCCGCCUGCUACGUUGCUGCGCAGCUUUUGGGUGGUCUGUUGGCAGGCCUCAGUGUGGCAGCCUUCCAGGGAGUGUCGGCCAAUCGGAGGAAGUCCAUCCAGCUCACCAUGGGGAAACACUAUGGACUUUGGCAGGCAUCUUUUGCCGAGCUCUUCUUCACCAUGAUUCUGGCCUAUGUGGUGCUGACGGUUGCCACAAAGGAGGUUCCUGCUGAAUGGAAGACCAAGCAGAGGAACGCCUAUUUCGGCCUGGCCAUCGGCUCCUGCGUCACCGCCGGAGGCUUUGCGGCGGGCUCCAUCUCAGGUGGAGAAUUGAAUCCGGCAGUUUCGUUGAGCAUUUACAUGGCCAAUGUGGUGAAUCCUGGACACCUGGGCAUUGGCCCAUUUGUAAAUUUGGCCUCCUUCGUCUUCUUCGAACUCUUGGGCGGGGCCUUGGCGGCGGGCCUCUUCCGCCUGACAGAGACGGGGGCGGGCUCGGCGGCGAAGGAUGACAAGGUUCCAGUGGAGGAGCCCAAGGAAGUGCUGGACGCCUAA